UCAAGAGAACAAGACUAAAGAGACAAAUACAAUAAAGAGUAUCGAGGCGGCCGGAUGUUCUGUGUAACCCAAGUCCGGAUGACUGUCAGAUAUCGGCGAGAGUGGGAAUGCGUGCGGCGACCACGAAGGGAUUGCGUAUGCGUGUGCUCACUCUCCGCUAUACUGGCUCGGAGAAUGCACAUGAUGCGUGGACAUCGACUGUCGCGAUAAAACGUGCCGACACCAACCUUGUGUCCGCAGGACAAAAGACUUGGACUGAACUCCGUCGGAAACUACGGAAACUUGGUCGCAGGUUCCACCUAAUGAUGGCGCUGCCAUCGAUCCAAGUGGCAUUGCUCACCGUGUUGCUGGUGGGGGAUGCUGUCGUCAGCAACCAGUUCUACUCUGUUUACUACCACAUUCGGCUGCUGGAGACCGACCGGGUCUACGGCUGCCUGCAGUGCUUCAAGCUGCCCUGCGCACAACGGGAGAUACGAGCACGGCCGCUAGAGGGAUCAUUGCAGUGCUGCCGUGCCUGCACCGUUGUUGGUCCAGGAAAAGAAUGCUCCGUUUAUCGUGAGCACGCAGCGAUAGUCUGCGACAAAGAACACGUCUGCGAUACCAACACGCAAGUUUGCGUGAAGGAACAAGACCGUUGACUUAAUGUAUGCAUCCAUAUAUAAUAAAAAGUCGACCGAC